AUGGCAAGUACCUCAAGGAAACGCGCUAAAAGAAAAGAUACUUCACAUUUGUCUAAAAAUAAUAAACCACAAUGGAUUCCUAACACCGGAAAAACAAGUUUUGUUUGGAAGUUCUUUCAAGCUAAAACUGAUGGUCGUGCAUAUUGCAGAUAUAUAGAUAAUAAUAGUAAUGAUGAGGGGGAGUGUAACUAUUGUUGUAUCUAUAAAAGUCAAACUAGUAGCAUGAUAUAUCAUAUUCAAAAUGUUCAUAAGGAAUAUGGGAUUACGCCAUAUAAGGAGCCAAAGCAACAAGAAUUGCGUUAUGCAGUAGCAGAUUGGGUUGUUACUGAUGGAUUUCCUUUUAGCGUAGUUCAAGGACAAGGUUUUAAGCGAAUGAUUAAUAAAGUUAACCCAGAAUUUAUUUCACCAUGCUAUGCAACUUUAAAACGGGAUAUAGGAUGUGGAUAUAAAAUAGCAAUUGAAUUAAUGAAAGACCAUAUUAAGAAAACUUGUACUUACGCGUCAAUAACUGCAGAUCUUUGGACAUCAAGAGCAAAAACUGGAUACAUUGGUAUAACAUGUCAUUGGUUAACUCAAGAAAUGAAAUUAUAUGAUAUACUGGUAUGUGUAGAGCAAAUUUCCUAUCCUCAUACUGGCAACAUGUUAAAGGCAAUCAGAGAAUGGGAUGGUGUAAAUUGUGUUGCGUGUUCUGCUCAUACUCUUCAACUUUGUGUACUUAAAGGACUUAAGGAAAUAAAACCAUAUCUCAAUAAGUAUGCCAAAUUAAAUCAAUUUUUUGAAUCACCUAAACAAAUGGAAAGUGAUAAUCAAAAUGAAGAAGAAAAUAUAUAUAAACCAUUAAAGAUUCUCAGAACAGUUACAGAAGUACCAACACGGUGGGGAUCAAAAUUAGCUUCCUGGAAAUGA